AUGCUCCUGCAACCUGUACCUCCUACGCUCGGUACAGAACACCAACAUCAGCCACCUCAGCAGCAGCAGCAGCAGCAGCAGCCGUUUCAGCAGCAUGCACCGAACCUACUUUCGGCCCAGCAACCCUCAUCGUUAACCUCCUCGUCCAGUGCCUCGUCGACACCACCGAUACAGGACGUGAGCCGUUAUCUGGAAACGCUUCAGGAACAGCUUAAGGAAGGCUGGACUGCUCAUACGGCCAAGGAUGGUCGGCUCUACUACUGCAAUCACAUCACACGAACGGCAGGAUGGUUACCGCCGAUCGAAAACUGGGUGCAGACAAACGACUUGCCGUACGGUUGGGAGAAAGCUAUCGACCAAAAAGGCCAACCGUAUUACAUAAACCAUCUAAACAAAACUACCACCUACGAGGAACCGAUCAGACAUCAUGGCAACGAUGCACCACCCGAGCCGCGCGUGGUCGUCCUUCAGCGCAGUCCUACGCUUGGCUUUGGGUUCGUUGCUGGCAGCGAAAAACCUGUGAUCGUACGGUUUGUCACGGAAGGUGGCCCUAGUGUAAAUAAGCUGGAACCAGGUGACCAAAUAUUAGCUGUAAACGGUGAGGACGUCAAAGACGCACCCCGGGACCAUGUGAUACAAUUAGUUAGAAAUUGUGAAUCCUCCGUCACGCUUCUCGUGUGCCAGCCGCAGCUCUAUAACGCGGUCGGACGCAAGUCCACGUUACUGUCGGCGGGCAAAAAGGCGAAGCUGAAAUCACGCCCCAUUCGUGUCCGGUUUGCCGAGAGUGUCUGCGUUAACGGGGCGCCAUUAUUUCCGCCAUCUGCCUUUUCCCUCGGCGAUCUGUGCGUGCCGCCGAUGGCAAACGUGCUCAAAGUGUUCCUCGAGAACGGUCAAACCAAAUCGUUCAAGUACGACUCAACCACCACUGUACAGAAUGUUGUUACUUCGUUACGCGAUAAGUUAUGCCUAACCGCCGGUGAGCAUUUCAGUCUCGUGGUGGAACACGUGAAAAGUCUGAAACGGAACAAGCUAACCCUUCUGGAUCCCCAGGAAACGGUUGCACGGAUAGCAGCCCGGCCAGGAGCUCACAAACUGCGCUGCCUGUUUCGGGUAACGUUUGUGCCGGUGUCAGCUGCUGCCCUCGCCCAAAAGGACCUUAACGCGCUGGACUAUCUGUUCCUGCAGUGCUGCAAUGAUGUCACGCAGGAACGAUUUGCGCCGGAGCUGCAACCGGAGGUCGCCCUACGGUUGGCUGCACUGCACAUGCAUCAGCACGCGCUGGCAAACAACAUUUCACCUACAAAAUUAACUGUAAAAACUGUUGAACGAGAGUUUGGACUGGAUCGCUUUGUGCCUGCUUCGCUGAUCGAAGGAAUGAAACGGAAGGAACUGCGAAGGCUGUUAGGUCACUUUCUGAAGCUAAACUCACAGAUGACAGGUUCGUCGACCAAAACGCUCACCCAACUACAGGCAAAAAUUCACUAUCUCGACAUCAUAUCCGGACUACCCAGCUAUGGGGCAAAGUGCUUCAGUACCAACCAACGGGACGGUGUCGAGCGUGUCCUGCUCGUUAGCCCACGGUUCGGUUUGAGCCAAAUUGCAGGCGUACGCAACACGGUGCCCCAACCGAUCUGCAAUCUCGAGGAACUGAUCCGUGUGGUUGUAACGCGCGACGAUGACGUGUCGAACACAGUCACCGUUUUCAUUAGUCCUGAUCGAGUCAUCAACUUUUCGAUGGAAGAUCGUGAUGCGUCCGAGUUUGCGAUCGUACUGGCGGGCUACUAUCGUCUUAUGGCCGGCAAAGAACUUCCACUGGAACAGGAACGGGACACACAGAUUGAGGAUAUUGCACCUCCGUACCUUUCGCAGCACACGGUUGUCAGCAAUGGUUGGAGCUAUAUGCCCUCCGAGAAGCCAACACACAGCAUAGCCUUCCUGAUGCCACCACCGUACCAUUCGACCGGUUUCCGUAGCGCGACCGGUUCGAUCAGUUCCUCCAGCCGAUCGGACGAGUGUGAUCGCAACGCGAACAGUGCACGCAUCUCGAACAAAAACGCACGACCAAGCCUGCAAGGGUACGAUUUCGAGCCGAACGGUAAGGAUGCGCGCGUGUCCAAGGAUGGAUCGAUCGGUGGUAAAAUCGGCGGUGUACCGAUGGCCGUAUCUGAAGCGCGCAAUGAAGAGGUAUUGCGACGUGUAGCAGAAAUGCAAAAGAUGGUCGAAAGUUCGGAACGCUACCUGAACGAGCACGGUGACUAUGGGCACGAGUUUGAUGUGAAGUCAACCGGUAAGCUUAACUUUUGGCGUGAAACUUCCGUCGAUGUAGACGAGAGUGAUUGCGAAAGCCUAAACAGUAGCAAGCAGAGCUCAAACGAGGAUGGUCCUGGUGUGUUGAAGCACAGCGACUCCCUGACCUUACUGACCGAAACUAUUAACCAAGGAUUGGACGGAAUAGCGAAAGGGCUUAGCUCAAUCUAUACGGCCCCGUUCAGUGAGUUAAAUGGUAAACUCGAGCCUAUGACCGGUUCAGCACAAAACACCCCCAAAACCCAACGGAAACUGUCCGGACUCAGCCAGAUACUGAGCGAUCUGCAAGCGUUGGGUAACGAUCUAUCGCAGAGUGAGAGUGAUUCGGAAUCACUGUACACACCGAACAGUUCGCCCAUACAUAAGACAACACAGCAUGCGAGCCCAUUACAGCAGCAAACCUCACAGCAGCAGAUGCUACAGCUGACGCAGCAUCCAACUGCAAACAGUGCCACCAAUUUGCGAAACAAAUCUUUCCGCACCAGCUUCGGACUGCACAGUCCGGACAGUGGAAAUGAAGGGCGUGACAUGAGCUUGAAGGAUUAUCUUCGUCAGCUCAAGGAAGCUAGUACGGCAAGCGAACUCGGUACGGCAGGUACGGAUUUGGCCGCGAAAAAGCUAGCCGAUCUGUACGGUUACGAGCUGCUUGGGGAUGAUUCGAUCAUCGAAACGGAUCCGGACAUUAUCGAUCUACGAUCGAUCCCUCCGCCCCAAACACCGGACGAGCUGGACAAUCUGAAUGUGCUGAGCGUUCCUCCAAGCGGGUUUGACGAUGGCACCGGAGCUAACAAAGUCACCGAAACGAAGAAUUCCACCAUAUCUGGUACCAACAGCGGUGCAAAUCCUCCCAGCCUGGGUGCCGGUGAUUUGGAAGAAUUUCUCAAACAGGUAACAAUCGAACCCCCGACGCAAAAGAUCACUCCGGCUGUCGAGCUGACACCGGAGGAAAUCCUUUCGUACAUUAUCCCACCACCGCCCGGACUGAACGAUCGAAACGAGACGACAACCACAGGCCCAGACUCCCAGAACUCCUUGUUCGCACGGCAUCCCGCUCAAACCCAUACCAUCCCCAAACCGAGUGCAGUGGUCAGCACGAACAAUAAUAUCAAUACGCUGAAGAACCUUAACUACAAUACUGAUGGCCCGGUGCCAAGAGCACGUGCCGCAUCCAUUAACGGAAGCUCGACACCAUCGACCGUAGCAAACGGAGCGAUCGCCAGUGCGCUACUCGCGAAGUAUGCGUACGAUCCUACCCGGUUCGAAGUGUACUAUCCGCCGAAGGAAAACAGUAGUACCACCACCGGUGCGACGACCGAGUACGAUCUUUACAGCAAUAGUGCCGCCGCUGUAGCAGUUACGGCCAAGAAACCGAACGGAACGCACGAUUCCAAGGGUUUGGCGAAUGGUGUCGCUGGUGGUGCCUCCAAUGGUCACGUGAUCGAGUAUCCUACCGUUGAUCGGAAGGGUCCCUUCUCUUGCUGUGCAAAGUCCAAAUCGAAGGAUAAGCAAAAUGGCGACCCAGAGCAUGAACAGCCACGAGGUACCUCCGACACCCCACUGGCACUUCCGCCGAAACCCUGUCCACACACGGCCACAGCCAUCAACCAACCUGCACCCCCACAGCGCCCUCCAAAGAGUGCCGAGCUGCAGCUCCGGCUAGGGUCGCCCAUUCGCUCGCCCCCAUCAUCCACCGGACAGUAUGGGGCGCGGGCGAACGGUAACUACUACGAGCUAGGUCCCAGUGAUCCUCCCUCAUUGCCGCCUCGUUUCGAACAGUCACCACCCCCGGUACCGAUGCUGGCCACGUUGCCACCGAAAAAACCGCCAUUACCUCCGGUACCAAUUAAGCCCUGCAUCCUGCGCAGUCCUGUUCCAAUACUGAAGAACACCACGACGACGCAUGCGGCCACUACCUUCAACCAUCUGCACCAGUUUCACCAUCACCAUCAACAAACGCCCCCAUCGGUACCACCGUUACCGCACCACCUGCAACAGCACCACCAUCCGUCGGUCGGUGGUGUCUCCCUAUCCGCUAACUCCUCACCCGUUCGGACGGCCGGUAUCGGAUCGCCCCAUCUUCAUCGCAAUUCCAACUGUUACAGGGAGAUCGACCGGGCAUUCAAUCACCACUGUGCGGUGGACGAGGCCGCACCGGAGAAGACGAACCUCCCAACCGGUCCGUCAGCAACCGUCGGCCAUCAGCGUUCGCACAGCGACUGUCCGCCGGUCUGUCUGAAGAACCCGCCUGCGGACAGUAGAGCACAGCUAACGCUUCUUUGCUCGCCUCAACUAUCGCGCAAAACUUCCCUACCGACCGCAGCACUGUCCCCGGCACUCGUUGGAACUCUCGCGAACAACCACGCCACCACCUUCAGCAAUCCGGGCAGUCCGAUACUGGCAAACAAAAAUGGACACGUGCUGAACGUCGAUACGCUAAUGGCCAAGACGGACGUAGCGAUGGCCGGGUUGCUUGUGAAGCUGGACCAGGUAGCUGCGGCCUGUUCAGCGGCACAAACAGCCGGCGGAGGGACUGCAAUCGAUGAGGAUCGUUUUCAGCAGGCACGGGAUGAACUAACCGACCAGGCACUACAGCUAGUCACCGCCUCGAAGCAUCUGGUCGUGUCAAUGUCGGACGCUAAUCUUACCCACCUGCCCGAACAUCUAACCGCCUGUCUGUCCGCGCUCCGGCGCAUUACUGAGCUGGCACAGGACUUGACGCGUACCACCUCGGCACCACUGCAAACGCGCAACAUCGUACUAAAGAUACAUGACGUUGCGUCCAGCUUCCGAGAGCUGGCCUGCGUUAAGGUGGGCCCGGGUGGCGCCGGUCAGCUUGCACUGAACGCCGAAUGUUUGGCCAAUGUGCUCGCUACGCUGCUCCGAAGUUUGCGUGUGUUUUCUCCCUAG